AUGCAGAACUGGAUAGCUAACUGGUUUCACUCCAGUAAUGUAUCCAGGGAUGAACAUGAGAAAUAUGUUCAGUUUGCUAGCUUUGCUAUAUGGCAAAUAUGGAAGUUGAGAUGUUCUGUAGUGUUUGAUAAUGGAACAAUUCAAAUAGCUAGUUUUGUAAGACAAGUAAAUAAGGACAUAACUGAGUGGACUGAAAACUCUAGAAAAUGUAGAUCAACUAUAACUUUUGUGAAUCAGACAAGGGAUGUAUUACCUUGGAAAAUGCCAGAAAAUGGGUUUGAUAAAAUCAAUUUUCAUGCUGCAUUCUUGAAAGAAAACAAUUAUAUGGGUUUAGGAUUAAUGUUGUUUUUUGCUGCAGAGCAAUUUGGAGGAGAUCAAUCAGUUGCUGGGAUAGCUCAGGAUGAAGACAAAGCUGAAGCUCUUGCAACACUAGCGGCUAUAAAGUGGGCAAAAGAUUCAGCUGUUGAAAGACUACAUUUGGAGGGAGACUGUCAGAAUGUAGUGAAAGCAAUAAAUGUAAAAUAA